UGCUGAUAAUGAAUCAUUUAACUGUCAUUGUUAAAUGGGUGCAAUACUAAAAAUACACUUCCUGCUGCGUUUUUUUCACCAUGUCUUUUCAGGAAGUUUGAAACCCAAUCUUAUCUGUUGCAACAUUUCCAUAAAAUAAAACAAUCACCAAGUGGAGAGAAAGAAAUAUGCCACUUCUCACUGUCUUCGUUAUUUCAUUCUGUUUAAUCAAUGUGUCUACACAAGCCAAGGUGGAGAAGCCAGAUAUUCAAGUGAACUUUACUAAUGCAGGAUCGAUUGAUAGACGUGUGAUUAUUGAGUGUAGCAGCAAGCACCACAGUUACAGCAGCUGCGAGUUCUACAGAAAUGAAGAAAUUACUAACAAACCACAUACCCAGACUUUAGAGGGCCAUGUACAGUAUAUCAUUCCUCAUGUGACUGAAGAGCAUGAAGGAUUUUACACCUGUGAAUGUUACACAAAUGAUGCAGACCAUACAGAGACAAGUUUUCGUGCACCUUUAAUCCUAGAGGAAAAUGGACAUAAACCAGCUAUUGAGUUUAAUACAGAACACAAUAAAUUUACCUGUAGAAGUGAUGACAUGAGGUCUUCAUAUAUCCUUUGUAUCCUAUAUAAAAAUAACCAGCAAAUAACAGACACUGGAACACAUUAUACCACAGAUGGUACAUCACAUGCUGAUAUUUCCAAUACUGAAAUAAAACAAGGUGAUGCGUUUUCAUGCCAAUGUUAUGAAAAAAAACAAGAGUGGACAAAGAGAAGUGAGAAUUUUAUUUUCAGGGAAGAAGAAACGUCUAUAACAAUUAAAGGAAAAUACCGCACUUCAAGUGGCGAUCCAGGUGUUAACUUUUCAGUUAUGACUAUCAUUCGAUUGUGUAUCGGAUUUGCUGUUCUCCUCCUGAUGUUUAUUUUUCUGGCUGAGUCAAGAUGGCAACACAGCAAAGGUGGAGUUGCUAAACAAUAUCUCUCAUGAAGAAACACUGCCGCAGUAAUAUUGUGAUGUAUUUGUGUAGCACAUUUAUUCAUACUUUAAUACCCUUGAUGUUUCUCCGCAUACAGUAAAUUCAUACCUUUUAUAAUUGGUCAGACCACAAAAUCACUCUUUGAAUAAAUACAUGACUAAA